AUGACUUGGAUCUUUGGCUACGGCUCCAUCAUCUGGCGCCCCGACUUUCCCUACGCCGAGCGCCGCGAGGGCUGGGUGGUUGACCACACCCGGCGAUUCUGGCAAGGCUCUCCAGACCAUCGCGGCACGCCCAGCCAGCUGGGCCGCGUUGUGACCCUCGUCCCGAGCGAGGGCGAGAUAUGCUGGGGGGUCGCGUACCGCCUGCACCUGGAACACGAGGACGAAGUCAUGGCCUACCUCGACCACCGCGAACGCGGCGGCUAUGUUCGCUUCGACGUCGACUUUACAACGGCAGUCACCCCGGCCGGCACGCUCUUGCAAGACUCGACCGCUGGCGACAUUGUGCGCGCAAUAACGUACAUUGCGUCGCCGACCAACGACUAUUACCUCGGCCCCGUCGCGCACCCACAAAUGGUCGCACAGAUCUCGCGCGCGAGGGGAGAGUCGGGCAAGAACGCAGACUAUGUCCUCAACUUGGCAAAGGGUCUGCUGGAGAUGGGCCUGCGGGACGCGCAUGUCGAGGGGCUGGCGGCCAGCUUGAAGGAGGUCGCUGCCAAGGAGGAUGUCGCGACGACUGUGGGCGCGCCGACGCCGUUGGAGACGGCCAAGGUGGUUGCGUAG